AUGUCAUUCACGAAGCUUGUCAACCUGGAGCUGAUCGUCGAGCUCUGUGCUUUAAGCACUGUCGGAAUAGCUCCUGCCGGCCUUGCGCUCGGUCGCGCAGAACGAACUCAAAGACCUGGCCUCUUUCGGCGCAAGAAUCUCGCUCAAGACAUCCUCGUGUCACGCUCUACCAACACUGAACAGACCGGAGAUUUUGCCCGGCCCAAAACCGCUCUCACAUCUCGAAGUCCGGCCGCCGAGUGGCUUGCCGCAAAGGAAGAGGAAAGCGCUCGGGGAAACCAAGGAUUUGAUCUGCGAAAAGCGACCUUGUCGUUCAGCGGUGGCAGACGCCGCCGUCGGGGUCAAACCAUCACGGAUCCACCUCUCCGAAUUCCGGAACAUGGGUCAACAGACUCGUCAGUCGAAACGCAUGCCCGGCAGACAUCCACCGGUUGGCUGCGGCGGCUGUCCAUGGCCUCGUUCCAAGCCGAAAGCCCGACUGCAAGUAGUCCAACGACACCCUCGUUCCAUGGGACAGAAAGUCCAAUCCUCCCUCGUUCGCCCGGUCAGCGAAGACCGAACAGAUUGAUCAAGCGCCCGACCUCCCGGCAAAUGCUAGCUCCGCAAACUCACACGCUGAACCCCAUCUGUGGGGCGUCGCCUUCCGAGCUGGGAAGGCUCGUCACUAGUCACCAGAGAUCGGAGUCAAUGAUCCUCCGGACUCCCUUGACACCUAGUUUUGAUGCAUGCUUUCCGAAAACUCACAUUGAAAGCCCAACAAUCGAGGAAUUCGAGCUCCACAAGCAAACGCACUGGACGCGAUUCUUCGUUCCCAAGGUUGGCAAAUUGACAGAGAGACUCACGCGCAGAUUUUCCACUGCCACUGCCCCAAAAGUUCAGAGCGCACGACAGGUUGUGUCUGACCAUGGAGCUCUUCCUGCGUUGAUUAUGGCUAAUGUAAUCUCAACUACGACUGCUGCGCUCGGAGAAGACAGAUCAGUGCCUCACACACCAAUUGAAUUCCGGAACCCUUUCCAAAUGGCCCUCUAUGAGGCUGCUCCCAAUCAUCCAGUCGCUCUGGAACAGCAAGCAGAGGAAUCCGACGUUGAACUGCCAUCCUCGGUCAACGACGAUGAGCCGAAAAUCGUCCUGGCAAAUACAGUCACCGCGCAUGGGACACCGAUUGUGGGACUCGUUCGCGGUGGCUCUCUGAAGCGGGUGAAGGGGAGGACUUUCUCAGUCCCUCCUUCCGAACUGUCAAGCGAAGGAACGAUGGUCGCUACUCCAAGUGCCCCGGAGCCACAGCCGCGGCGCAACAUAACUGAUCCCAGCGUGUUCCGCGCUCCGUAUCCCAUUUUUCAACCUGGUUGGGCUGACUCGGCUUUGGAAAGACACUCUCAAGUUGGUCCCCGAUCGGUAUCUCAGGACUAUAACGUUGGCUUGGGACUUCGAGCCGGUUCACGUCAAAUGGCUUCGGAUGCAGUCGCGCUAUCGGCCUGGCAGCAGGCAUCUCGUCCGGGUGGUCAAGCUUAUGGUUUUCUUCGUCGCCGUCCCAAGGGAUUUUCGAUUUCAGGAUCCGAUCCUGCUUCCACCGUCAUAGGUUCCGAUGACACGCGAGUGUUUACAUCGUGCGAUGAAUAUGAGACGGACGGGGUAUCGGACUAUUGGGACUCCGUCCGUACACGUGAGACCAAUCGCAGCGGACUGAAGGGGCUGCGGAUUGAAACGAUGUUCGACAAAGCAGGUGCGAGCCUGAUGGAUGAAGAAGCCACGACCCUGGAGUCUCUCCUCCCUCGGGGUUCGUUCGCUGCUAGGUCUUUGGACAAGGAUCCCCAAUUAUUCACGGAUCCGCCUUUGUCUUCCCCCGCUUUGGUUCAAACAUCCAUGAUUCAAAAUCCGUAUGUGUCUGAAGAUGAUGCUCUCAGAAUGAUCGGGGCGCUUUCUGGCGAUGAUCGUGAUUGCUUUUCAUCUUCUUUGACCAAUUCAUUCGCCAAGUUUUCCGACAAUUCCGAGUCAUAUGUUGGCGCAGCAAAGGAUACAUCAGGAUCGUUUGUGGGCGAGUUGGUUUCAAAUAUCAACACAAAGACGAAUAUCUUUGACUGGUCCGAACAAGCACACCCUAACCGUGAAACUUCGGACUUGGAGACGCGGCCUCGGACCAUGCAUGGGAAACAUGAGGGCGUUAUUGACAGAAACAGUCGGGCUGCUUGCCGGAAAGCACCAUCCACCGUCCACCUAAGGAGCCAGAGUGUCCCAGUCGCCAGUGAACUUCCCAUUAACGAAUUGCGUCAAACUUCCGGCAAGUUCGGUACUUGGGGCUUGGGCAGUAAGGGUGUCAGUGAAGAUUGGGAUAGUGAUUUUGACUUUGACGAGUCGGAGGACACAUCUAUCGCUGAAAACAGAUCACUUACUGGGCCUGACAUCAAUCGCCAGAGCAUGACUGUUCCAAAAGCCAUUCUGGAGCGUCAAGCAAGUCUUCGUGGUCAGUUUGGACAAGUCCAAGAAUUGACCCUGCUGGUGGAGGAAUUGAAACGUCUUCGGCAUCAAGCAAAUGUCUUAGGUGUUGUCAACGGACCGUCCAGUGAACUGUGGGUAGAAGCAGAGCAGAUUGUGAACCUUGCUACCAUUGACGAUGAAGAGGAGCGUCACUCGCCACCCGGAUCUCCACAAUCGCUCACUUUCAGUUUUGAUGAAUCCGACGAUGACGGUCCUGAGACGUCUUCGAAGCGCAACAGUGAAGUUUCAUGGGAUGUAGCCCAUGGUGAAGACGCUGAGCCCACGUCGCCCCUCGCCCACCUUGCACGGAACUCACCAAAGUCCAAAUCCGUACUGGACAUCCUGCAGGCCGGCCGUGACCAACAAAAGCCUGCUUCUCUUGAGUUUGAAAUUUUGCCACGUGCCAAAAAACUUCCAUUUGAUACUUCCUCGUUGAAAAGUCUGGUGGUUCGUGCGGGUGUGGUAACACGCGCGUUGAAAGAAGUUAUUCGCAAGGCAGACGGGGUAGCAACCAGUCCGCCAGACUUCCCCCAAGAUCCGCCAUUUCGGCGCAUUUUCGACAAACCAUCUCACGAUGAUAUUGCCAGUUUUGAGGCAGCGCUGGCUGACAUAUCAUAA